AUGCCUCGCCCGAUUCUAUUGGUGACAGGGGCCAACGCCGGCCUGGGUCUCGGCGUAUGUGAGCGCCUUCUCAUCCAGAUGGCGAGCACAGUGCCGCCUGAUAGUGCCAUGCUUGAUAAGCCUGCGCAUGCCGCGGCAAGCACGCCAUUUCACGCCGGCGAAGGGUGCACUAUGCUUCUUGCGUGUCGGAAUCAGGCCAAGGCACGCGAUGCUGUGCUGCACCUCCAAGCGGUCUUGCAGCGCUUGUACUAUACAGAUGAUGCUUACUUAGAGAAGCACGGCGUGCCAAAGCCCGCCUCAGCGCUGGAUACGAGUCCUGGAGCCGAAGUCGCCACGACGAGCGCUGUAGAGAAUGCCUCGGCGCUGCUUCGACGUCGUGACAAGACGGACGAGCGACGCAGCAUGCCGCUAGAUGACCGCACGAGAAACGCGCGCACUCUAUAUCGCCAGUCGUUCUGCAAGGGCACCCAUAUCGAAGCAGUGCCACUUGACCUCGCCAGUCUUGCCAGCACCAAAGCGUGUGUGGAAGCUGUGAAAGCCAAAGUGCCAUACCUCACACAUAUCAUCCUGAAUGCCGGUGGUGCUGCAUGGCUGGGUAUUGACUGGCUCGGUGCAACAUGGGAAAUACUCACCAACCUGCAUAAGGCCGUCACGAUCCCAUCGUAUAAGCUGCAGCGAUCCGGCGACAAGAGCCAAGACGGCUUCGGGUGGGUUUGGCAGAUCAAUGCAGGUGGUCACUAUGUGUUGACGAAGCAGCUCGAGCCGUUGCUGAUCGCGUCUCCGUACACGGAACCCUCGCGUGUGAUUUGGACAGGCUCGCUUGAAGCGAAUGAGGCCGACUUUCACGCCAACGAUCUCCAAUGCAUUGACCCGCACACAUCGCCAAGGCCGUACGAGUCGACGAAGUAUCAGUGUGAGCUCCUCGCACUGGGCAUGGACCAGCGCUAUGCGUCUAGCCAACAGACCCAUAUGCCUCGAGCCUACACAGCGCAUCCAGGUAUCGUUGCCACGAGCAUAUUCAGUGGCGUGAUUCCUGCAUUUAUGCUGAUCAUGAUGAAGCUCGUCUUUUACUUGGCCCGCUGGACACUCUCACCGCAUCAUCCCAUCGACGUCUAUAAGGGGGCCGUGGCUGCAUCGUACGUGGCUGUGGCGCCCGGAUCGUACCUUGAUUCGACCGUGCGAUACGGUGCGCAGUCUACCAUCACUGGGCGUGAAUACGUGCAUGCUGGUCGUGUCGACGGCUGGGACCACGACGCCAGCCGCAUUAUGAAACGUGCCAGUGACUUGGUCGAUGCUUUUGACCAUUGGCUUCAAACUUGUGCCUAA